UAGACAACAGGAAUAAGACCUCCUGGUUCGCGGCUGGUACCGCCCAGCAAACUCAACAGUGGCCUUCGCGCACCCACACACCACUCCACCACGUCCACAAGCAACGGCACCGCAGGCCCCAGCAGGCGUAGACCAGGAAUCCAGCAGGCGGCACGGCUGCCUUCAUCUACAGGGACACGCGGUGCCAGCAACGGCCGGCCGCAACCCAGGGUGGCUGGCGGAUCAAGGCCAGCAGUUCGUCGUGGAAACGGCAACCUGAAACAGUGCUUCCUGGGAGACGGUCAGCAAGCGGAUUCACGGUAUCACCCAAGGGCGAGUCGACGGCAAAUAUGGCGCGGCGGUCGACGGCGCGUGCUCCCCAAACAUCCAGCAAGAUUGGCCGUGUUACAACCACUCGGGGCCGUGCCAGUAAUAAUGAGCCGGUCGCUGGUGGUGCCCACAAACGGCGGCGACUGGAUAUGCCUGCAAUAGGCAGCAAGAUCGCAGAUUCCGACAACACCUCGACGAUGAAAACCAAGGAGAUUGGGCCACCGCCGGUAAUGCACAAACGUGCCGAAGACGAUUACAACGGACGGCUGCAGGAUCUGGAGCAGUUCACCCAGUAUCUGAUCCGCAAGAACCGCACGACUAGCAAGAGGAAGAAGCUUCAGAAUGCGAUGCAGGUUUCGCAGCUGCAGCUCGAGAAGCAGCUGAUUGAGGCCAAGUUUGCCGAGGCAGAGAAGAAGAUCACUAGCCUUGAUGCAUCUCUGGGCGAGCGCGACCAGAGCCUGAAGGCCGAGAAGCGUAAGCUGGAGGACGAACUCGACCAGCAGCGCCGUGACUUUGCCCGUGACACCGAGCGCUUACAGGACGAGAAGCGGAAGCUUGAAAAGACCACCAGCGAGUUGCGCGAGUCGCUGGAAGACACUGAGCGCAAGUUGCAGAGCAAGCGGGAUGAGUGUGCGCGGCUCGAGGACACAAUCGCAAAGCAAGCAACCACACAGACGGACUUGGAGAGCAAUGCGCGCGCACUGCGUGCCAAGCUUGAGGCGCUAGAGACCAAACUCAGCGCACGCGAGAUGCACAUAGUGGGUCUGGAGAGCAACGUGUCUGAGCGCACAGCAACAAAGCUGCGCAAGGAGGAGACGAUGCGGCGCCAGCUGCACAACACAAUCCAGGAGCUGAAGGGAAACAUCCGCGUGUUUUGCCGCGUGCGGCCAUUGCUUGGCAGCGAGAAGGAGAUGGCUGACGACCUUCCAAUCUCGUUCCCUGUCUGCGACGACGACAACGAGCUAGAGGUAGUGCAAGGCUCGGAAAACGCUAUGGGGAAAACCACGUCCAAGACGUUCCCCUUCAAAUUUGACCGGGUGUUUUCCCCAACUGCUACCCAGGACGAGGUCUUUGACGAGGUCUCGCAGCUGAUCCAGUCAGCACUGGAUGGGUACCCGGUGUGCAUAUUUGCUUAUGGCCAGACUGGCAGCGGUAAGACGCACACGAUGCAGGGGCCGGAUGCGACGCCGUCGGAGGAGCUGGACCAGUCGGCACUAGGAAUCAUCCCGCGCGCUGUGCAGCAGAUCUAUGAGACCACCAGCAAGCUGGCCGAGCGCGGAUGGACCUAUGUGCUCGAGGGUCAGUUUGUCGAAAUCUACAACGAGACGCUGCAAGAUCUGUUGGCACCAGCAAAUCGUGCCAGCGACAGGCAGGGAAAGCUGGAGAUCCACCAGGACCCAGAGGGCCACACGCGGGUUAAAAAUGUCACAACAGUGAAGGUCGACAGCGCACGGCGUGUGCACUGGCUGCUGGCCCGGGCUGCAGAGAACCGCACUGUGGCUGCAACAAACUGCAACGAGCGGUCGUCGCGCUCGCACAGCGUGUUUUCACUGCACCUGCACGGAACCAACAAGUUAACAGGCGAGUCGUCAUCGGGCGUGCUGAAUUUAAUCGACCUGGCCGGCUCCGAACGGCUGUCGAGCUCGGGCUCGCGCGGCGAGCGGCUCAAGGAAACGCAGGCGAUCAACAAGUCGCUGUCGAGCCUGGGCGACGUCAUUUCAGCGCUGGCCAAGGGAAACAAGCACGUGCCGUACCGGAACUCGAAGCUGACGCACCUGCUGCAGGAGUCGCUGGGCAGCGGCAACUCGAAAACGCUAAUGUUUGUGUGCGUCAACCCGAGUCCGGCCAGCACGCAAGAGUCGCUAUGCUCGCUGCAGUUUGCGACCAAGGUCAACUCGUGCCAUAUCGGCACAGCUCGGCGCCAGAACGCCUGAAACUCUGAACAAAAAACUCCCCCGCUCUCUAGUACGGUCUAUAUUAGCGCAGUGUGUCAUAUUUUCAUUUUUGCCUCAACUCCUCGUAUCUACCAACAACUCAUUAAACCCCUCGCGUUUCUAGCAGAUGGGGGAUGGACAUGUAAUAUGCUACUAUAACGGCGUGGCCGGCACACGCCCUGCAUCAUGGCACACGGCACACGGCGGCGGUGGCUGGCCCUGGAAGUUGCGCUCUACCUCCAUGCGCACU